UUAGUGAGCACAAAGGAUGCGGUUGUCUCAUUGGAUGGCUUUGGCCGUCCUUUUCGGAGGUACGGUAACCGGUGAUAUUGUCAACGAACUACCUCCAGAAGAGUUCGACGUCAAAAUCGGCGAAACAGUAGCCGUUUCUAUCGCAUCUAACGAUGGAUUCACUAACACCGAAUGUCUAAUCCAGACUCCAGAUGGCGGGCCACAUUCUCUUCAAGAACUUGACUUUAUUGAUGUUAUAACCGAAGCGGGGGUUGAUUGCAGCAUUAAGAUUAAAGUAACCGAAGAGAUAGAAGGCGCCUGGACUCUUAUUAGCCGAGCCACGUCGUUCGGUAGUCCUGUGAAGAGAACAUUACCCUUCACUAUCAAUAUAGUUCCAGGUGAACACGAUGAAUCCGAUGAUGAAAAAACAGAAUCAGAAGAAGAAGAAGAAAAAGAAAAAGAAUCAGAAGAAAAAAAAGAAACGGAUGAAGACGAUGGCAAAACUACAUGGUUAACUGAAAUCAGACGCUUCACCAGAACUGAACAAAUCGUUGAUGUGUCUUUACCGAACAUUGGAUACGAUGAAAUAUGCACUGUCAUUACUCCUGACAGAAAAACCAUUACGGCCGCAGAAAUAGAAAUUCCAGGAGUUAAAGUACAAAGUAAAAGCGUUUUUGUUUCAUGUAGAAUCAGUAUCGGGCCACUGAAGUCAAAUUUACUGGGGAAGUGGACUCUCUGUGGAAGACGAGAUGAUGCUGAGGAGCGAAGAUGUCAGGUCGUCACUAUUGAAUGGAACAGUGAGAACGCACCCCAUGCGUUAUGGGACUCCCGAACUCAGCCUCUUUUCAAACAUCCCGUCAAUCUGAACGGAAUUUUGACACCAGUCGUUAUAGGCUCAGGAUCUUUGUUAACGUGCCAUAUUGUUACGCCCAAUGGUGAAGAUUUAGUCGUCUUACCGGAGACGAAAUACCCUGGCAUCGUCCGCGCAGAAUCCAGUACAACGGGUUGUAGUAUCGCAAUUGGUCCCAUAACACAGGACAUGUUGGGACAAUGGGAACUUUAUGGAAUGUUUAGAUCAGUGCUAGGACUGAAUGAAGUCCGUUUGCCAAUGAACUUUGAGUUGUAUGAUACUGACAACCCUUACAAUCAAGCGUACAAUUUAACUGUUUUGGAUGCAAAAAGACAUGUAAUCAAUUUGGGUUCUACAAUAUCAGUAGAAGUUAGUGGUCACGGAACGAUGGACAGCUGUGAAUUUGUUGCUCCUUCAGGGCAAGCUUAUCAAAGUACUGGCAAGAAUAAUUUCGAAGGAGUUCAGUUUGUAAAUGUAGACGGCAUUAUAGCUUGCCGUAUCUCGAUCGGUCCCAUUACCGAAGUAAUGCUUGGGAAAUGGCAAAUUGUCGGGAAAUUCAAUGAUGGAAAUAUAUUUAACGAGAGACAAUUGCCUUUUGAAGUCAUACGCGAAGAUCCUGCAAAUCCUAUUGACGAUGUUGACAGAAUUGUGACCACGAUUGACGAUAGGAAAUACGAUACUGAAAUCGGUGCGACCCACGAGAUCAUCAUAAAUCGUGGAGAUUUCAUUAAAAGUGAACUCUGUCAGAUCAGGACACCUUCGGGAAGACAGUACACCUUAAUGGAUGGCUUCAACCUACAAGGGAUAGAGAUUAUAGAAGAUACGAAUGUGGAAUGUGGAAUAAGAAUGACUGUGCUAUCUGAAGAUAUGAUCGGCGAAUGGGUGCUAAUUUCAAAAGUUACGAUGCUCUCUGAUCCUAUGGAAAGAAAACUCGUGUUUAAAAUUCACAUUGAAGAGCGCGUCGAACCUAAUUCUGCAAGCAUUACAAUAACUGAAGGCAACGAUUUAUACCUUAGACUGAAGAAUCCGGUAGACAAACAAGACACCUGCAAACUCAUUGCUCCUAACUCACGUGCUUUCGAAAUAGAUGAACCAAACGCGAGACUGUGUGGAUUCUUGGCUAGAGCCGUUUCGGAUCAGGAUAGUGGAGAAUGGGAAAUACAAUAUGGAGAUACAAUUUUAUACAGAGCUGUAAUAAAUGUUAAUGUUGUCGAAAGAAGUACUAUACAAGUGCAAGAUUUAACAAUAAUUGAAGGUAGUAAGCUGAUUACGGAAAUCGGUCCAGAUGAUUUGGUGUUUUGUAAACUAGAAGAUCCAUUAGGCGUGACCGUAUAUGAAGGUUUCGGCAGAUGCGUGAUCCGUGUCGAUCGAGCGACAAGAAACCAUAAUGGCAAAUGGAAGAUGUCUAUUGGAUUACAAGGGCGUAUUCUACUUGAAGAACUCACUUUUACAGUUCACGUUAGAAGUGCAGGAUCCAGACAAGUACAGACUUCCGUGCGCAGGGAACGUCCUUCGGUGGUCAUAUCAUGUUCGCUUACGAGCAACGUCGAAGUCCGCGCUUGUAAGUUCCGCGAUCCCCGCGGCAAAAUCCUGAUCGCUUCACGCGGAGUCGGAGAGGACAGAUAUGCUUACCACGGCUCCGAAGUGACCUACAAGUCCGACUUGUCCAGCCACGAGUGUGGGAUCCGGCUGACGAACCCUUCGGAGGAAGACCUGGGUCUGUGGCGCUGCGGCAUGGAAACUGAAACCGAGACUCACUAUGGUUUCCUACCGGUUAUUUGUCCUUGGUUACUGGACACAUCGGAAAUCCAAGACAAGGUUGUCACUGAGCCAAUCCUGAGUGCGGAUACAAGUUACGUGUCGUCUCCUGAAGGUCAGGCCGUUGUGAUGUCGUGCUCUGUGUCUGCUACGAUACAAUACUGUUACUUCAGAGCACAAAACGGAACAGUAUUCAGUGUUACGCCUGGGGCCACCUCUACCUACACUGAGUAUGUAGGCAAUGGCUUCGCUGCCGGCGAGUGUGGAGUCAGGUUUGAUGGCUUGUUGACGACUGAUGGCGGUCGAUGGAGUUGCCACGUCGGACUCUUGGACAGCGAGCAGGAACAACGGGCGGAGAUCACUCUUCAUAUUUUCGAGCAAAUGAGAGUUAGGCAUUACAUCCAUCCGCGCGGCCUGAUGGUGGAAGCCGACAUUGAGACGCCUGAAGAGUUGGAGUACUGCAGAUUCGUGCGCAUCGACGGUCUAGGAUUCACAAGUGAAAAUGUACCGAGCGGUUACCAGAGCCUGAGUAAUCUUCAGGAAGGUCUGUGCGCACUGCUGAUGCGUGACCAGACAACGCUGAACCUUCACCCCUGGACUGUGGCCGCUAAGGUUCACGGGCAGACGGAGAUAACGAGAACCAGCACCCAGAACUUGCUGUGGACCUUAAGCCAGAGGACCGCCACGGUCUAUUCGAUAUACUUGUUCACCGUGGUGAUGUUCAUUCUGCUGGCGACGGUGCUGGUGGGAGUCAGCCUCGGCCCCAAGAAGAACAGGAAGUGGACGUACGACCGGGUCUCGCGUUUGAGUACCAAUAUCAGGAACAGCUUCCGGAAACAGAAGCCUGUUGGCGGCGUUUAGAAGAACGAAAAACAACAAAAAAAGAACAAUUUUUGCCGCGAGUGUUCUUAAAAUAAAUAU